AUGCCCUCAAAAGUCAGUCAGCACCCUUUCAGUCCGCGUGUCUUCCUCUCUGCGGUGACGCUGGCCGCUCUGCUGCUGUCCGCUUCCGGAGCUCCGCUCGUAGACACGCCCACCGACAUGCCGGCAGGUGAGCCCUCAGGUGAGGAGCAGGCGGGGCCCUCUGACCUACUGGGCGUCUCACCGGUCUGGCACGCGGUCCUUGGCGCAACCAGACGCCACCAGAAGGAGUUUGAAGAUGAAUUCCAACAUGAGGUGAAAUAUCAUUUUCUGGAGAACUACAAAGUGCCAUCCCUUCCAGCAGGCUGUCCUCUCUCCAACUUCAGCAAGGAGGCUUGUCUCCACAGAUUGGCCCACGGCCUGCGUAUUUACACGGUUCUUCUCAAGCAUGUGGAGAAGGAGUACCCCGGCAACUUGAUCUGCUCCGUGGUCAAAUACUACAGCGGCCUCCUGAUCAACCUGAUCAAACACAAGAUGAGGAACCCGGAACAGGUCACAGCACUGAGCAGCAGCCAGGAGGCGCAGCUGCUGGCGGGCCUCGACCACCUCGACGCCUUCCAGAGAAAGAUGACUGCACACAGCAUCCUGCGCCAGCUCCACCACUUCCUCGUCGAUAGCAAAAGAGCUAUUACUAAAAAGGAGGAAGGGAAGAAUGGCCGACAGGCUUUUGGCACCCAUCAGUUACUAUAGCCGAAAGUUUAAAGAUGAGAUAACUCAAAAAUAUUUAUGAAGCACUAUCUCAUGGAAAAUGGGUGGCGUUGACACUGCUGUUCUCACACUGAAGUGUUUUAGAUUUUAAGAGGGAAUGACUGCACGUUUGACAAUAUGGUUGUGUAAAUCUCAAAGGACUCGGGCCUGAAUUGGCCACUACUGCGCAACUUAUUUAUUCUAUUUAUACUCGGUGACAAUUGUUAUUUAUUAUCAAUGUAAAGUUCAUGAUGGUGGGGUUCUUGCACUAAGUUAUGUUUGUGUCAAUGAAUUACAAAGACAUUACUUGAGCAGCAGUUAAGACUAUUACUUUUUAUAAUAUAUAUUUUUUGAGUCACAAAUUACAACAAUUUACUGUUCACAGUAUAUUUUUUUAUUUACAUUGUGAAACUGAAUUUGCGGUUGAAUUUAUUAUGGGAUGAGCUGUGUUCUAUACGCACAUGACCAACAAGUGACUGGAAUUCAUAUUUUGUACUCAUGCAGAAAUAAAAAUGUAUCUAUUAAAUCACGUUUCUUCAUUCCAACACUUCACACAUUGCAGGGUUGCAAUAACAUUGACAUUUUCCACGAG